AUGGAGCAAACAGUGCUUGUACCACCAGGACCUGACAGCUUCAACUUCUUCACCAGAGAAUCUCUUGCGGCUAUUGAAAGACGCAUUGCAGAAGAAAAGGCUAAGAAUCCCAAACCAGACAAGAAAGAUGAUGAUGAAAAUGGCCCAAAGCCAAAUAGUGACUUGGAAGCUGGAAAGAACCUUCCGUUUAUUUAUGGAGACAUCCCUCCAGAGAUGGUGUCAGAACCGCUGGAGGACCUGGACCCGUACUAUAUCAAUAAAAAAACUUUUAUAGUAUUGAAUAAAGGGAAGGCCAUCUUCCGGUUCAGUGCCACCUCUGCCCUGUACAUUUUAACUCCCUUCAAUCCUCUUAGGAAAAUAGCUAUUAAGAUUUUGGUACAUUCAUUAUUCAGCAUGCUAAUCAUGUGCACUAUUUUGACGAACUGUGUGUUUAUGACAAUGAGUAACCCUCCUGACUGGACAAAGAAUGUAGAGUAUACCUUCACAGGAAUAUAUACUUUUGAAUCACUUAUAAAAAUUAUUGCAAGGGGCUUCUGUUUAGAAGAUUUUACUUUCCUUCGGGACCCAUGGAACUGGCUCGACUUUACUGUCAUUACAUUUGCAUACGUGACAGAGUUUGUGGACCUGGGCAAUGUCUCAGCGUUGAGAACAUUCAGAGUUCUCCGAGCAUUGAAAACAAUCUCAGUCAUUCCAGGCCUGAAGACCAUCGUGGGGGCCCUGAUCCAGUCGGUGAAGAAGCUCUCUGACGUCAUGAUCCUGACCGUGUUCUGUCUGAGCGUGUUUGCGCUGAUCGGGCUGCAGCUCUUCAUGGGCAACCUGCGGAACAAGUGUGUGCAGUGGCCUCCCACCAACGCCUCCCUGGAAGAACAUAGCAUAGAGAAGAACGUAACUGUGAAUUACAACGGCACACUUGUAAACGAAACUCUCAUUGAGUUUGACUGGAAAUCGUAUAUUCAAGAUUCAAGAUAUCAUUAUUUUCUGGAGGGCUUUUUAGAUGCACUACUAUGUGGAAAUAGCUCUGAUGCAGGCCAAUGUCCAGAAGGAUAUAUGUGUGUGAAAGCUGGUCGAAAUCCCAAUUAUGGCUACACAAGCUUUGAUACCUUCAGUUGGGCUUUUCUGUCCCUAUUUCGACUGAUGACUCAGGACUUCUGGGAAAAUCUUUACCAACUGACAUUACGUGCUGCUGGAAAAACAUACAUGAUAUUUUUUGUGCUAGUCAUUUUCUUGGGAUCAUUCUAUCUGAUAAAUUUGAUCCUGGCUGUGGUGGCUAUGGCCUAUGAGGAACAGAAUCAGGCCACCUUGGAAGAGGCAGAACAGAAAGAAGCUGAAUUUCAGCAGAUGCUUGAACAGCUUAAAAAGCAACAAGAGGCAGCCCAGCAGGCUGCAGCUGUAAGCGCCUCGGAGCAUUCCAGAGAGCCCAGUGCAGUGGGCGGGCUCUCAGACAGCUCAUCGGAAGCCUCCAAGUUGAGUUCCAAGAGCGCCAAGGAAAGAAGAAAUCGGAGAAAGAAAAGAAAACAGAAAGAGCAGUCUGGUGGAGAAGAGAAAGACGAGGAUGAAUUCCACAAAUCUGAAUCUGAAGACAGCAUCAGGAGGAAGGGGUUUCGCUUCUCCAUUGAAGGGAAUCGAUUGACCUAUGAAAAGAGGUACUCCUCCCCACACCAGUCUUUGUUGAGCAUCCGUGGCUCCCUAUUUUCCCCAAGGCGAAAUAGCAGAACAAGCCUUUUCAGCUUUAGAGGGCGAGCAAAGGAUGUGGGAUCAGAGAACGACUUUGCUGACGAUGAGCACAGCACCUUUGAGGAUAACGAGAGCCGGAGAGACUCCUUGUUUGUGCCCCGACGACAUGGAGAGCGACGCAACAGUAACUUGAGUCAGACCAGUAGGUCAUCCCGGAUGCUGGCAGUGUUUCCAGCGAAUGGGAAGAUGCACAGCACUGUGGAUUGCAAUGGUGUGGUUUCCUUGGUUGGUGGACCUUCAGUUCCUACAUCGCCUGUUGGACAGCUUCUGCCAGAGGUGAUAAUAGAUAAGCCAGCUACUGAUGACAAUGGAACAACCACUGAAACUGAAAUGAGAAAGAGAAGAUCAAGUUCUUUCCAUGUUUCCAUGGACUUUCUAGAAGAUCCUUCCCAGAGGCAGAGAGCAAUGAGCAUAGCCAGCAUUUUAACAAAUACAGUAGAAGAGCUUGAAGAAUCCAGACAGAAAUGCCCUCCCUGUUGGUAUAAAUUUUCUAACAUAUUCUUAAUCUGGGACUGUUCGCCAUAUUGGUUAAAAGUGAAACAUAUUGUCAACUUGGUUGUGAUGGACCCAUUUGUGGACCUGGCCAUCACCAUCUGUAUUGUCUUAAAUACUCUUUUCAUGGCCAUGGAGCACUAUCCAAUGACAGAACAUUUCAAUAAUGUGCUUACAGUAGGAAACUUGGUUUUCACUGGGAUCUUUACAGCAGAAAUGUUUCUGAAAAUUAUUGCCAUGGAUCCCUACUAUUAUUUCCAAGAAGGCUGGAAUAUCUUUGAUGGUUUUAUUGUGACGCUUAGCCUGGUAGAACUUGGCCUCGCCAAUGUGGAAGGAUUAUCGGUUCUUCGUUCAUUCCGAUUGCUCCGAGUUUUCAAGUUGGCAAAAUCUUGGCCAACAUUAAAUAUGCUAAUAAAGAUCAUUGGCAAUUCAGUGGGGGCUCUGGGAAAUCUAACUUUGGUGUUGGCCAUCAUCGUCUUCAUUUUUGCCGUGGUUGGCAUGCAGCUCUUUGGUAAAAGCUACAAAGAUUGUGUCUGCAAGAUCGCCAGCGACUGUCAGCUCCCACGCUGGCACAUGAAUGACUUUUUCCACUCCUUCCUAAUUGUGUUCCGCGUGCUGUGUGGCGAGUGGAUAGAGACCAUGUGGGACUGUAUGGAGGUUGCUGGUCAAGCCAUGUGCCUUACUGUCUUCAUGAUGGUCAUGGUCAUUGGAAAUCUGGUGGUCCUGAACCUCUUUCUGGCCUUGCUUCUGAGCUCAUUUAGUGCAGACAACCUUGCAGCCACUGAUGAUGAUAAUGAAAUGAAUAAUCUCCAAAUUGCUGUGGACAGGAUGCACAAGGGAAUAGCUUAUGUGAAGAGAAAAAUAUAUGAAUUUAUUCAACAAUCCUUUGUUAGAAAACAAAAGAUUUUAGAUGAAAUUAAACCACUUGAUGACCUAAACAACAAGAAAGACAAUUGUAUGUCCAAUCAUACAGCGGAAAUUGGAAAAGAUCUUGACUAUCUUAAAGAUGUCAAUGGAACCACGAGUGGGAUAGGAACUGGCAGCAGUGUUGAAAAAUACAUUAUUGACGAAAGUGAUUACAUGUCAUUCAUAAACAAUCCCAGUCUUACUGUGACUGUACCAAUUGCUGUAGGAGAGUCUGACUUUGAAAAUUUAAACACAGAGGACUUCAGCAGUGAGUCGGAUCUGGAAGAAAGCAAAGAGAAACUUAAUGAAAGCAGCAGCUCAUCUGAAGGCAGCACUGUAGACAUUGGCGUGCCUGCAGAAGAACAGCCUGUAGUGGAACCUGAGGAAACCCUUGAACCUGAAGCAUGUUUCACUGAAGGCUGUGUACAAAGAUUCAAAUGCUGUCAAAUCAGCGUGGAAGAAGGGAGAGGAAAACAAUGGUGGAACCUGAGAAGAACGUGUUUCCGAAUAGUUGAACAUAAUUGGUUUGAGACCUUCAUUGUUUUCAUGAUUCUGCUUAGUAGUGGUGCUCUGGCAUUUGAAGAUAUAUAUAUCGAUCAGCGAAAGACAAUUAAGACAAUGUUGGAAUACGCUGACAAGGUUUUCACCUACAUUUUCAUUCUGGAAAUGCUUCUUAAAUGGGUGGCAUAUGGCUAUCAAACAUAUUUCACCAAUGCCUGGUGUUGGCUGGACUUCUUAAUUGUUGAUGUCUCACUGGUCAGUUUAACAGCGAAUGCUUUGGGUUACUCCGAACUCGGUGCCAUCAAAUCUCUCAGGACAUUAAGAGCUCUGAGACCUCUAAGAGCCUUAUCACGAUUUGAAGGGAUGAGGGUGGUUGUGAAUGCCCUUUUAGGAGCAAUUCCAUCCAUCAUGAAUGUGCUUCUGGUUUGUCUUAUAUUCUGGCUAAUUUUCAGCAUCAUGGGUGUAAAUUUGUUUGCUGGCAAAUUCUACCACUGUAUUAACACCACAACUGGUGACAGGUUUGAAAUCGAGGAAGUGAAUAAUCAUUCUGAUUGCCUAAAACUAAUAGAAAGAAAUGAGACUGCUCGGUGGAAAAAUGUGAAAGUAAACUUCGAUAACGUAGGAUUUGGGUAUCUCUCUUUGCUUCAAGUUGCUACAUUUAAAGGAUGGAUGGAUAUAAUGUAUGCAGCAGUUGAUUCUAGAAAUGUGGAACUCCAGCCUAAGUAUGAGGAAAGUCUAUACAUGUAUCUUUACUUUGUUAUUUUCAUCAUCUUUGGGUCCUUUUUCACCUUGAACCUGUUUAUUGGUGUCAUCAUAGAUAAUUUCAACCAGCAAAAGAAAAAGUUUGGAGGUCAAGACAUCUUUAUGACAGAAGAACAGAAGAAAUACUAUAAUGCAAUGAAAAAAUUAGGAUCAAAAAAGCCACAAAAGCCUAUACCUCGACCUGGAAACAAAUUUCAAGGAAUGGUCUUUGACUUUGUAACCAGACAAGUUUUUGACAUAAGCAUCAUGAUUCUCAUCUGUCUUAACAUGGUCACAAUGAUGGUAGAAACAGAUGACCAGAGUGAAUAUGUGACUAACAUUUUGUCACGCAUCAACCUGGUGUUCAUUGUGCUGUUCACUGGAGAGUGUGUACUGAAGCUCAUCUCUCUCCGCCAUUAUUAUUUUACCAUAGGCUGGAAUAUUUUUGAUUUUGUGGUUGUCAUUCUCUCCAUUGUAGGCAUGUUUCUGGCUGAGCUGAUAGAAAAAUAUUUUGUGUCCCCGACCCUGUUCCGAGUGAUCCGUCUUGCCAGGAUUGGCCGAAUCCUCCGUCUGAUCAAAGGAGCUAAGGGGAUCCGCACGCUGCUCUUUGCUCUGAUGAUGUCCCUUCCUGCAUUGUUUAACAUCGGCCUCCUGCUCUUCCUGGUCAUGUUCAUCUACGCCAUCUUUGGAAUGUCCAACUUUGCGUAUGUUAAGAGGGAAGUUGGAAUUGAUGACAUGUUCAACUUUGAGACCUUUGGCAACAGCAUGAUCUGUCUGUUCCAAAUUACCACCUCUGCUGGCUGGGAUGGAUUGCUAGCACCUAUUCUCAACAGUAAACCACCCGAUUGUGACCCUAAUAAAGUUAAUCCUGGAAGCUCAGUUAAGGGAGACUGUGGGAACCCAUCUGUUGGGAUUUUCUUUUUCGUCAGUUACAUCAUCAUAUCAUUUCUGGUUGUGGUGAACAUGUACAUCGCCGUCAUCCUGGAGAACUUCAGUGUUGCUACUGAGGAAAGUGCAGAGCCCCUGAGUGAGGAUGACUUUGAGAUGUUCUACGAGGUCUGGGAGAAGUUUGAUCCUGACGCGACCCAGUUCAUGGAAUUUGAAAAACUAUCUCAGUUUGCAGCUGCUCUUGAACCCCCCCUCAAUCUGCCACAACCGAACAAACUUCAGCUCAUUGCCAUGGAUUUGCCCAUGGUAAGUGGUGACCGAAUCCACUGUCUUGACAUCUUAUUUGCUUUUACGAAGCGGGUUCUGGGAGAGAGUGGAGAGAUGGAUGCUCUUCGAAUACAGAUGGAAGAGCGAUUCAUGGCUUCCAAUCCAUCAAAGGUCUCCUAUCAGCCAAUAACUACAACUUUGAAACGAAAACAAGAGGAGGUGUCUGCUGUUAUUAUUCAACGUGCUUACAGGCGCCACCUUUUAAAGCGAACUGUAAAACAAGCUUCAUUUACAUAUAAUAAAAAUAAAAUCAAAGGUAGGGCUAAUCUUCUUGUAAAAGAAGACAUGAUAAUUGACAGAAUAAAUGAAAACUCUAUUACAGAAAAAACUGAUCUGACCAUGUCCACAGCAGCUUGUCCACCCUCCUAUGAUCGGGUAACAAAGCCAAUCGUGGAAAAACAUGAGCAAGAAGGCAAAGAUGAAAAAGCCAAAGGGAAAUAA